UAAUGAAAAUGAUACUAUCAUGAUGCACAGCCUCAGUGGUGUUUUCAGUGCCAUCUCCAGCAAACAUGAGUUGAGUCUCUACGGAGGGGAGAAGAAGCGAAAUGAAGGAGAGAGAGCAGAAAGCCUGGUGCGUCAGAUCCUUACGUCGGGCACGUAAGGGUGUUGAAACAUGUCACGUUUCUGUCGUUGCUGGAUUUUUUUUGCGUAAUGGCACUAUGCAUGCACAAAAUCAGUCGGCUGAUGAGGAUAUACGAAUGGAAAUGGACGAUAAUGGCCUUCAGACCCCCCGCUGUGAAACAAGAUGGUCACAGCAACUGUCGGGCCUCCCUCCCAAGCUCCUGCAGCGUCUGAUGCCGUUCCAAAGGGAUGGAGUGGAGUUCGCUUUAUCCAAGAAUGGAAGAUGCAUGAUCGCUGAUGAGAUGGGUCUUGGGAAGACAGUGCAGGCCAUCGCGGUGGCGUAUGCCUACAGGCAGGAAUGGCCCCUGCUGGUGGUGGUGCCCUCGUCCCUGAAGUAUCCCUGGAUCGAGGAGCUGGAGAGGUGGAUCCCCGAGCUGCAGCCUGGAGACAUCAACCUGGUGGAGAACAAGAGCCACACCAUGGGCAUCAGCAGCAGCAAGGUGACUGUGCUGGGUUACGGCCUGCUUACUACAGAUGCACGCCCCCUGGUGGAGGCUCUCAGCCGGCAGAAGUUCGCGGUGGUCGUGGUGGACGAGUCACAUUACCUCAAGUCCAGGAACGCCGCACGGACCAAGAUCCUGGCGCCUCUCAUUCAGAGCACCAAGCGGGCCAUCCUGCUCACCGGGACCCCGGCCCUGGGUCGGCCUGAGGAGCUUUUUAUGCAGAUUGAUACCCUCUACCCAAAGAGGUUUGGAACAUGGACUGACUUUGCCAAGAAAUUCUGCAACGGCCAUUACAGGUUCUUCGGGGCUCGCCGGCAGUGGGACUGUCGCGGGGCGUCCAACCUACCGGAGCUGCACCAGCGUCUGAGUGAGAUCAUGAUCCGGCGUCUCAAGGCCGAGGUGCUCACUCAGCUGCCCCCCAAAAUCCGCCAGCGAAUCCCCUUCGACCUGCCUAAGGAGGCUGCAAAGGAGGCCUCAGCCAGCUUCGCCGAGUGGGAGAGACUGAUGAAGGGACUGGGAUCGGGGGUCGUCGGCGCGGACAGCAACCCCUUCACACAGGUCAUGAGCCUGGUCACACAGAUGUACAAGCAAACUGCGAUUGCCAAGGCGGGAGCUGUGAAGGACUACAUUAAGAUGAUGCUGGAGGCGGAGCAGGUGAAGUUCCUGGUGUUCGCCCACCACCUCACCAUGCUGCAGGCGUGCACCGAGGCCGCCAUCGAGGCCAAGGCCGGUUACAUCCGUAUCGACGGCAGCGUCCCGUCCUCCGAACGCAUGCAGCUCGUCAACAAGUUCCAGAGCGACCCAGAGACACGAGUCGCUAUCCUCAGCAUCCAGGCGGCCGGGCAGGGGUUGACCUUGACUGCCGCCAGCCACGUGGUUUUCGCCGAGCUCUACUGGAACCCCGGACACAUGAAGCAGGCCGAGGACCGGGCGCACCGCAUCGGGCAGACGGCCUCCGUCAACGUGCACUACCUCAUCGCCAAGGGCACCUUCGACACCGUCAUGUGGUCCAUGCUCAACAGGAAGGAAACGGUGACCGGCAGCACCUUGAACGGCAGGAAGGAAUAUCUGAAGGCCGACGAGGGCGACAAGGACAAGUGGGAGUUCCUCAACUUCUCCGACGCAUGGCAACCGAGCGAGAUGCUGCUGCCGCCUGAGGGAAACACCGGAGACUCCAAAGAGGACGUCUUCUUCACUCAUUUUGAGAAGGAUAAGCAGCACGACAUUCGUUCCUUCUUCUCGCCGGGCGGCAAGAAGGAGAACAAGAGGAAGAGGACGGGAGAUGAGGAGACAUCUCCCUCAGAGACGACUGGGGAGAAGAGAAACUCUGAAGAAGGAGAGGAGACAACAGAAACCUCCAAGAUCCCAGACGAGGACUUCUCCCCGCAGCUGAAGAGGCUACGGACCCCACAGCCCAGCCCCAGCCUCAUGUCCCAACGUGGGGGGAAGAGAAGGUCGUCGGCUGGGGGGAUGGUCUCCGGCAGCCCCAGCUUUUCCUUCAUGGCCCCGCGGAAACUCCUGGUGCCUCAGCUUCAGCCUGAGUGGAGCUGUGCGGCCUGCACGUACUCCAACAGCGGCCUGAUGCCGUACUGCGAGAUGUGCAACGUCCAGCGCCCUGCAGCUCCUGUUCCCUCGGCAGGCUCAGAGCCAGCCAGGCCUCGCACCCCCCCCUCGGGUGAACCGGACAGCGUGUGUAUCGUCCUCUCCGGCUCCGACAGCGAGCCGGAGCUCAGCCGGGGGAAAGACCAGACUCCCAGAUCGCCGCCGGGAGGCAAACAGAGCGAGGGUGAGGAUGAGCCUCGGAAAGACAAACAGAAACUAGAGGAGGAGGACAAGCGGCAGCAGAUCAAAGACAAACAAUCAGCCCCCCCACACCACCACCGCCGCCGCACAGAGGAGACCGCCGCCGCCGCCGCCGAGGCUAAUGACGAUGAUGAGGCCGAUGAUGGAGACCAUCCCGUCUACCCGGGCCUGCAGUUCUGCGCCAGCCCGUACACUGACCGGAUAUACCUCUACACCAAGGACGGGACUCCGUUGAGCCUGAGCUUCACCCCUCUGGACAUCAAGCUCACCAACUGGGACGAGCUGCCCGAGGCCUUCAGCCGGCGCCGGGAAAAUCGAAUCCAGGUUCUGAGGUUCGUUCAGGACUGGAGCGGUCUGGCAGCGAUGAAGCAGAAACUCCUUCAGCGCAGCGGCCUCCUCUUCCACAGCCCCUCUCUGGGCUUAGGGCAGCUGGCCGCCGCCCAGCGCCCGCACUCCAGCACCAAGAGAUACCUCGGUAAAGACGAGGUGGCCCAGGCCUCCCUGAGCAAGGCCCAGCAGGAGGGUGGCAGCGUCCGAUUGGUCACCAAGGAAAAGUUCUUCAGCAAGAGGAAGUCAGCGGCAUUAAAGACGCCACCUGCUUCAGAGAGCCCGGUCAGCGAGUCCUGUGAGGCGGCAGAGGAUCAGCUGCCCUCUGAGUCGGGCUUCCUGCAGGCCGUGGACAGUGAGGGCGUCCCUCUGUGUCUGUCCUGCCAGCAUCCCUGCUCCACCACCGGGGGGUCCUGGGACACCCGGUUCUGCAGCCACAAGUGCCAGGAGGAGUUCCAGUUGCGCUCCAGCCAGACGUACAUGCGUUCCCGGGUGCUGCAGGUGGAGCAGGGCGUCUGUCAGCACUGCGGCCUCCACGCCCACGAGCUCUUCCUCAAAGUGCGCGACGCCCCGCCCGACCGGCGCAAGGAAAUGCUGGAGAGCACUUGGCUCGCGCAGCUGUCACUCAAACAGCUGAACGUGAUGAUCCGAGCCCCGGUCGAAGGGGAUUUCUGGCAGGUGGACCACAUCCGGCCGGUGUACAGCGGAGGAGGCCAGUGCUCUCUGGACAACCUGCAGACGCUCUGCACCGUCUGCCACAGAUCCAGGACGGCUCAGCAAGCCAAAGAGCGGAGCCAGAAGAGGAAGAGCGUCGCAGCCUCCAAGGUUGCAUCAGACAUCAGCAGGUUCUUCUUCAGGAAAUGACAUGGAGGUUUAGUAAGGGCUCGUAUAUAAUGCAUUGAAUGGGAUAAAGAUGCAUGAUGAUCUUUCAAUGCACAACGCCAGAUUAGAAUAAAAGGCCAGAUUUUCCUUCAAAUCCCUUCUUCAAUUUCUGAUGAAAACGCUGCACCUGUGGAGAUGUAGUGACGUGUGCAUCAAAUGCUAAUUCAGCCAACAAGCUCUCGUCCCCGAAACGUCACCGGUGCACUACUUUCUGAUUUAUUACGGCCCCGUUUAACUGGAGGCUGAACUGGAGCAGGUUGUUUAGAGAGAUGCAGCUAUUUUAAGAUUUUGCAAACUUAGUGGGAAAAAAAAUGGGGGCUUUGUGAUUUAAACUAGAAACCACAACGCGAGUGUCCUCACCCCCAACAUGUGGUGCCUUUCUUUUCGGAAGAUGGAUGAACAGUGAAAUAAAAAGUCUAUUUCCA